CUCUCACCUUUUUCAUUUUCUUUCCUAACAUGACCGUACACCCACCGCUCGCCGGAAAAUCUUUUCCGGUGAAGUUUCCGAUCACCGCCUUCUCUCUCCAAUAAACUCUCCUUAGCUUUUGCUUCCUUCUACGCAGCUCCUUCUCUGUUCUGUUUUACCAUCUUCUCCUUGUUCUGGAACUAGGUUUCCGGAAACCCUAACCGCGGUUUCUGCAACUGCUCCAUGAGUUUCGGAGAAGUAUUUUUUUUUUAGUUAUUCAGAUUCAGCUCGUUUUAAAUAGAUAAACGCAUCUUGCUCUGUGUUAUUUUUUUCUGGUGAUUUUUUUGUGGUGUUUGUUAUUGUUUUGAAUAUGAAGAGAUUGAGGUCCAGCGAGGAUCUGCACUCGUACGGUGACAAGAAUGCUAGCAAGGAUUCGAAUCUGAACCGUUCGUUUUCUUCAUCUGCGCAGCGAAGCUUUUAUUAUAAGCCUGAGAAUGGGCGCAAGGGUUUGCUCCCUUCCUCAUCGUCCCGCUACGAUAGAGAUCGGACGGUGGAUGAGGAUCGGGAGGGUUCGAGGUUGGUUCGGAAGCGAUCCGAACAUGAUUUCGAGGGUUUUGAUCGGAGGAAGGGGUUUGAUCGGUAUAGGGACAGUGGUUAUGGUGGUGGAGGAGGGGAUAGGAAUUUGAUUCACCGGUCGGAGAGUUUCUGUGGUUCGAGGAGGGAUUUUCCGAAGGGUUUCCGGUCGGAGAGGGACCGGUCGCGAAGGGAGGGUAGCGUGUCGUCGUGGCGUAGAGGAUUGAAGGAUUUCGAUGAGAGUGGUAGAGGGAGUAGAGUUGGGGUGGAGGAGAGAGUAGUGCGGUCACCCAAGGGCUUGAGGGAUGUGAAGUCUCCUACGUGGUCAAAGGAUUCUGAGAGUGAGCAAUCUAAGAAGAGAUCCUCUUCUCCAAGAGGGUUUAGAGAUGCCAAGUCCAAGUCAAAGUCACCCACUUGGUCUAAGGAUUCCGAGAGUGAGCAGUCCAAGAGUGAGCAAUCCAAGAGUGUUGAGGUGAAGAAAACUGAGGAGUUGCAAGUUCAGAGUGGAAACACUAGUGAAAUGGAAGAAGGGGAGCUGGAACCUGAACCCCUGCCUCAAACUGAACCCGAAGCUGCUCCUCCCAAAGAUGAAGAUGGUCCUGGAAGUGAAGACCAGCCCUCUGUUCCUUUGGAAACUGAUGACAAGAAAGUUCAGAAUGAAUGCCAGCUCAAUGACACAGAUACUGCAAUGGCCGAAAGACAGGAAUCGUCAAGUAUGCAAGAUGUAAAACCUAAUGAGGACGUUGAUUCUGAGGUAAAAGAUGCAGGAAAAGAAGCUGAUAAGCUGCCAGAUAUUCAAGAUGAUCCACCCAAGAAAAUGCUUGUUACUGAGACCGAACAUGACACAGUGGGUAAUGUUGAUGAUAAGAAAGACGAGUGUUUGAAAGCUGAUACUGAGUGCAAGUUGGAAACAAAGGAGGCAGCAGAUAUGGAGAAGCCAUUGUUUGAUGAGGAGGAGCAUAAGCAGGACAAGGGUGUAGAUCUGGAAACUAGCGCAGGUGUUGACAAACCUGAGUUAAAUUAUGAAGUCUCAACAGAAUAUGAAGUUCCCAAAGAGGUAAGUAGUGAAAUGAUGAUGGAGAAUGUGGCCAACAAUGCAAAGGAUAAAGGCAAAAGAGUCUCUGUUGCACUUACUGAUGUUGCUCAUUCUUCAGAAGAGGGCUUAUGGAUUGAUAGAGGAUCAAGAGAUCUCACAACAAGCUCUGCUGAUGUUAUGGAAACUCCAAGCACAAGGGGAUUUGAGUUGUUUUCCAGAUCUCCUGUUAGAAAAGUGGAGAAAUCAGACCACUCGAUUCUCAACAAGCAGAAGGAUGACAGUCUUGGGAUGGAACAGCUUGAUCUUACUCUUAGCUUGCCAAAUGUUCUGUUACCUAUUGGUGCUCAGGAGACAACAACACAAGUUCCUGGAUCCCCCAGUCAAGCACGGAGCGUGCAGUCAUUAAGUAAUACAUUUUGUACUAACUCAGAUGGUUUCACUGCAUCAAUGUCCUUUUCAGGUUCCCAAUCAUUCCAUCAUAAUCCAAGUUGUUCUCUAACAAAAAAUUCGGUGGACUAUGAACAAUCUGUUGGCAGUCGCCCCUUAUUCCAGGGAAUAGAUCAAGUUUCUCAAGUAUGUUGGCAAGGCCAGUCUCAGAGUGAACCCAAACAGAAAGAAGUUCCUUUUGGUCAGAGAACUUUGAUGAACGGAAAUGGCUCUUUGUACCAGUCUCAAGCAUCAUGGGGAGUUUUAGAUGGUCAAGCUGUGAAAGGUCAUAAUCCUAGGGUUCUAGAAGGGAGCUCGAAAAUGGGCAGUGGGCUUGAAAGGCAAUUGAGUUUUCAUAAGCAGGUUUCUGGACAGUCAAGACGCCAUGAAGAUGUAAGAUCUCCUUCACAGAGUGUUGGGUCUCACGACAUUGGAUCAAAUCAUAGUUUUGAGAAAAAGAGGGAAGUUAGAGACAGGAGUAGUGGUAGUCUGUAUCGAACUACCAGCCAGAAGGAACAAGAACAACUUCUGAUGGAUGGUGUUGAUUUUGUUGAGACAAUCAUUGCAAGAAUAGUUUCUGACCCUGUGCAUGCAAUGUCAAGAAAGUUCCAUGAAAUGACCGGACAGUCCAUAGCAUGUCUGAAGGAGGGUAUUCGAGAAAUCAUGCUCAAUGCACAUAAGCAUGGGCAGAUACUUGCUUUUCAAAAAGUUCUACAGAACAGGUCUGAUAUAACCUUGGAUGACCUACUGAAGUGCCACCGAGUGCAACUGGAAAUUUUAGUUGCUUUAAAAACCUGUUUAACUCAUUUUCUUCACCUGGACAACAGCAUUUCAUCUUCUGAUUUAGCUCAAGUUUUUCUGAACUUAAGAUGUAGGAAUCUUUCAUGUCUAAGUCAGUUGCCAGUGGACGAAUGUGAUUGCAAGGUUUGUGUGCAGAAGAAUGGUUUUUGCAGGGAAUGCAUGUGUCUUGUGUGUUCUAAGUUUGAUAAUGCGUCAAACACAUGUAGUUGGGUUGGGUGUGAUGUUUGCCUUCACUGGUGCCAUACUGAAUGUGGAUUACGGGAAUCUUAUAUUAGAAAUGGGCAUAGUUCUACUGGGACGAAAGGGAUGACUGAGAUGCAGUUUCACUGUAUUGCUUGUGAUCAUCCUUCUGAGAUGUUUGGUUUUGUCAAGGAGGUGUUUCAAAAUUUUGCAAAAGAUUGGUCAGUUGAAACUCUUUGCAAGGAACUUGAAUAUGUGAAGAGAAUAUUUUUUGCCAGCAAGGAUAUGAGAGGGAGACAGCUGCAUGACAUUGCAGAUCAAAUGCUGCUAAGGUUGUUGAAUAAGUCUAAUCAUCCUGAGGUUUUGAGGCACAUCAUGUCUUUUCUUUCUGAUGGUGAUUCUGCCAAAUUAGCCUUGACAACAAAGUUUUCUGGGAAGGAACAAAUUAAAGAAAACAAUGGAGUAGCUGGACCCAGCCAGGAAGCUGCUUGGCUGAAAACUAUUUAUUCAGAGAAACCACCUCUGUUAGAAAGGCCUGCAAACAUCCUUCCUACCUUUGACCAGAAUGAUAAAAGGACUCUGGCGCAAGAGUUGCAGAUGAGUAGGGUCCAAAAGGACUUUGGUUUUGAUGAAUUGGAGAGUGUAGUAAAAAUUAAACAGGCAGAGGCUAAAAUGUUUCAGUCACGUGCUGAUGAUGCUAGAAGAGAAGCUGAAGGGUUGAAACGCAUUGCCGUUGCAAAGAAUGAGAAAAUUGAAGAAGAGUAUACUAAUCGAAUUGCCAAGUUGCGGUUGACUGAGACUGAGGAAAUGCGUAAACAAAAAAUUGAAGAGCUCCAAGCAUUAGAUAGGGCACAUAUGGAGUAUUUGAACAUGAAAAAAAGAAUGGAGAGAGACAUUGAAGAUCUGUUGUCUAAAAUGGAAGCUGCUAAAAUGAGCCUUGCAAUGUGAUCAGCUGAUCAAAAUAUCUAGUAUAGUUCUUUCAGGUAAAUAUAAUAUGUCCCAUCCUGAAAUUUGUAGGUUCUCGUGCCACCUUAUUGUUGUAAGCUACUGUAGUUCUGAUCCGUAGUUGUAUCUAUCUGUUGUAGUAGUUCAUUUUGCUUUUAAGAUGCUAACCAAAUUCUGUAGGAGUUCAUCACAGCAGUUAGUAGUCUUGUAAAACGAUUCCAAUUAUGA